AUGCGUUCAUCGAAGUUCUGUCUAAAUCCUGCAGGAGACACGCCUCCCUCUUGCUGCCUGUUUGAUGCUAUCGUGAGCCACUGUGUUCCUGUUAUUGUGAGUGACAAAAUUGAACUCCCCUUCAAGGAUGAAAUCAACUACAAAGAGUUCUCUAUUUUUUUCUCUGUCAAUGAGGCAUUGGUUCCCGGUUACAUGGUUACAAAGCUCCGUGAAUUUCCUAAAGAGAGAUGGCUUGACAUGUGGAGGCGGCUCAAAAAUGUCUCCCAUCACUUUGAAUUUCAGUAUCCCCCGAAAAAGGAAGAUGCUGUGAAUAUGCUAUGGAGACAGGUAAAGCACAAGGUUCCCGCGGCCAAACUUGCUGUACAUAGGAGCCAGAGAUUGAAAGUGCCAGACUGGUGGCACCGAAGGAGAUAG